GCACCUUUAUUAGUUACCAGAAGAUCUACCGUUCGUCACGAACCACCCCCGAGACUGAGUGAGCGCAGGGCGAGCGCUCUCCAACCGACCCGGAGUGGCGUCGACGCGGCCGCCGCCGGCGACGUGGUGCCCGACUUACCGCGGCGGAAUGGAGAUCCGCGCCGCCGCCGAGAACGUCCUCCCCGGGCGGAGCCACGGCGGCAAGCGCUUCUGCUUCCUACUCCGCCUCCGCCGCCGCCUCGGCCUCGGCAUCACCUCUCAACGCGGCCUCGCGCUGGCGCUCACCGAGCACGGCAAGAAGCCGCCCGCCGAGCCCGACAAGAAGCGGCGCGGUCUGAAGCUCCUCCGCUUCCUGCGGAGCAGGCUCGCGCGAGCGUCGCGGCUCCCCUCCGUUCUGCGGCGCAAGAACAAGAAGCCACCGCUACCGCCUCCGCCGCCGUCACCGCCCCGCGCCGCCCUUGCCAAUUCGGGUCCUCGCACUGCGGCGAUCCCUUCUCUCUUGAAGACUCUUGCGAUGAUGCGGCCGGCGAAGACGACGGUGCUUUGCAUCCUCGCCGGGUUCGCGGUCUCCGCGGCUUCCAUCUCGGCGCUUCGCCUCAUGGCCGGAUUCAUGAUACCGAGUGCGAACUGCACAUUAUGGAGAUGUUUCUUCGCAGAGAAAUUCCUCCAGUUCAUGGGGCCUCCUCUCUUUGAGUGGCUCUCCAGGAUUAGCCUGAAACUUGUCAAGUUCUUGGAUUCUCCUGCUCUCUGUGAGUGGCUCGCGCUCCCGAAGCUUACUCUGAAGUGGUUCUUUAACAAGUAGAAAUUUCUGUAGUACUAAGAGCAAAUGUAAUUUGGUCCUGUUUAUUAUAUUUACUGAGCUGCUCGAUUAUCCGAAUGAGGACCAUGUAAAAUAUUCAUGGAACAAGAAUCACAUUUGCAUAGUCAGUGUGAUCUAAA